AUGUCGGGACCACCAUCGCGUCUGAGGAACAUCCUUGGGCAUCUCUGGUCCUCGUCUCAGAACGAGCCUGCCGAUUACGUUCACAGCCAUCAUAUCCACCAGCUGUCGCCGACAUUCUUCUUGGAGCGCGCGGCGGCUAUCGAGCCGAAUGCGGAGGCCAUCUAUCAUGUCACUGCCAAUGGCGCAAUCCUGAGACGUUCAUACACCGAGUUCGCAGACCGCGCUCGGGGACUGGCGUAUUAUCUGAAGAACCAUGGGUUCAAGAGAGUCGGCAUACUAGCCCCGAACACACCAGCUUUCCUUGAGUCCAUUUACGGCAUCGUGGCCGCAGGCGCUGUCAUAGUGCCGGUCAACUACCGGCUGAAGACGGAUGAUAUAUUUUACAUAUUUGACUUUGCAGAAGUUGAUCUCAUUAUUGUCGAUGCCGAAUUUGAGCAUUUAUUGGACGCCUUCAAGAAAGUGCAUCCCAGUGUACCUCUGAUCAUUGACACUGAUACCGAUGCGACUGAGGGCGAACUUAGCGGGCCGUUCGACGAUGUGGUUUUAGAGGGACUCACAUAUGAUCGUUUGAAUGGGAAUAAGGGCUGGGCUGGGCUGCAUUCUCAGAGCAGCAAUGAGGAUGAUAUGUUAGCUAUUCCGUUCACGUCCGGCACAACUUCACGACCGAAGGGUGUAGUAUAUACACACAGAGGUGCCUAUCUUGCCGCGCUUGCAAAUGUGGUAGAGUCAGGACUCAAUGUCUAUGAUGGACGUUGCAAAUAUUUGUGGACUCUUCCUAUGUUCCAUGCCAUGGGAUGGACGUUCCCGUGGUCCGUCGUAGCAGUUCGAGGCACCAAUGUCUGCUUACGGAAGAUUGAUUACCCCUUAAUAUGGCGAUUACUGAAGGAAGAAGGCAUCACACAUUUCAACGCAGCUCCCACUGUCAACACAUUGUUAUGUGCAGCAGAAGAGGCCGAGAAACUGCCACAAAUCGUUCGAGUGACUGUUGCGGCCAGUCCACCCACGGGUCACCUCUUCGAACAAAUGAUGAACCUGAACUUGCAUCCCGUCCAUGUCUAUGGUAUGACAGAGACUUAUGGACCCAUCACUAAGGGUUAUAUCCUUCCGGAAUGGGAUUCAUUGCCAAAACACGAUAAAUACGCACUAAUGGCCAGGCAAGGCCACGGCUUCGUAACAAGUCUGCCAAUCCGCGUGGUGAAACAAGACCAGCCAGAAGGUGUAUUCAUUGACGUCGAGAAGAAUGGUAAAGAGAUCGGUGAAAUUGUUUUCUUUGGCAAUAUCUGCGCAAAAGGUUACUAUAAAGACCCUGAAGCGACGAGAAAACUCUUCUUGGGCGGAGGCUUGCACUCUGGUGACUUGGCAGUGAUGCACCCGGACGGCAGCGCACAGAUUCUCGAUCGAGCUAAAGAUAUCAUCAUCUCUGGUGGUGAGAACAUCUCCUCAGUGGCACUUGAGAGCAUGCUAGUUGAGCACCCUGACGUCUUGGAAGCUGGUGUUGUUUCCGUCCCAGACUCCCACUGGGGUGAACGCCCGAAAGCAUAUAUCACUGUGAAGAUAGGAAAGACCCUGCAAGGCAAGGAUCUUAUUGACUGGGCUAAGCACCAGAGUCAAAUCAGCAAAUUCAUGGUUCCACGGGAGGUCGAGAUUGUUACAGAGCUACCGAAAACGAGUACGGGCAAGAUCAAGAAAAAUGUAUUAAGAGAAUGGGCCAAGCAUGGCCAUAAGGAGUAA